AUGCGGAUCACUGUGAGGCCUCCUGGGCCUGUAAAGUGCCUUUUCGCCGUUAUUUUGGCGUUUAGCUGCUUCUCGUGGGAGAGCCUAUGGGGGAGCCAUGCAACGGGCAUCUCCAGGGGCCCCCCCACCAUACAGGAGGGGCCUAUACAGACAAACUAUGAGGCAGCAACAGCUGUGGGCUUUGCGCACAGGGUCCCCUUGUGGUGCAAAGCGUUUGCGCUUGAGAAGGCUUUCAGUGUUUGCAGGGGCAGUAACUGCAAGGCCGACAACACUAGUGUGCUAACUCAGGUAUUUCAGGAUGGGGCUUGCGUGCUUUUGAUACUGCUGAUGUUGAUACUCGUUGCAGAUCAGGUGGAGUGGCUACUUUGCCAAGUGGGUGGUCCAGUCUUCACCUGGCCCCAGGGGUUGAGAGGCGGCAAUCGCUGCAGCAAUGGGCCAGGGGAUCCAGAUAAGCUGCUGAAAGAGCUAACAUCCCUGCAGCACCAGAAGCUGCAGCUGCAGCAGCAACAGCAGCAAUUCUCCCCUACAGCCGACUUUGCCGCGUACACUCGGCUACAGCGCCGUAUAGACCAGCUGGAAAGGGCCAAGGAGGCAUGCUCCACUCAGCUCCAGCAGCAACAACAGCAGCACCGGCAGGAAAGCAGCACUAAAAAACUGUUAUUUGGAGUUGCUUAUCGCAUGGCACUUAGACCUCUCGCGCGGAGAGCUGUGAAGGUGCUUCUAAUACCCUAUCCUUCGUACAGAAACAGCGACUUGUCGGGGUCUCCAGGCGUCCGUAUGAUGAAAACAUCUAAGAAGUGUGGGUGGGACCGGGCUGCGUUUGUGUCUCAGCCGUUGAUUUGCUGGUGGGUCCUCUCGAGCGUUUUUGGAGCAACAAUCGAGCUGCCCACAGCCCAGAUCGCUCCGCUCUUACGUAAGUCUCCACUCAGAGCAUGA